AAUCUUCCCUACCGUCAGGUACCGUACUCCAUACAAACAGUCUGCGUAUACGGUGCGGUAACUGGGGGUAAUACUCGGAACUCUUGUUUAAGGUGGUGGUAUCGACAACAGCCAUAUCCUUUUAAAUUGAAAUUAUAUUUAACAGCCAAAGGAAAAACAUUCUUACAGUGAGCUGAAAAUCUGCAACGUUUCGGAUCAUUACUGUUGAUUGGUUGCUUUUAAACAUAACAUGAGUGAACGUUGUUUUCAAGCGAUGACAGCUAUUUGGGCACUUAUCGUGUUGGUGAUGCUCCAGCGAGCCGAAGCUCUGGCGUCGGGUGGACAGUCGGGCGCCGCUGGUUCGGGUGACUGUACUAAUUCUCUGGAAAGUGGAGAUAUUCUGUGGCAGGACAACUUGACAGACUCCUAUGUUGAUGUUGUGUGGGGCUAUGGGGCACAGGAUACAUGUCACACUUUAAAGGAAUGUUUUGGGAUUAAUGAUACUGAAGACCAGAUGAUUGAUAUCCAGUUAAAACCGAUCCAGAUUCAACAAGGGGUUAAAAUCAGGUAAGCUUAUAAGAUGGAGAACAGCUCAAU